GCCUGCGUAGCGUAGCGUCUCUGAAUUGAGUUGACUGACACUGACGUACGUACGUACAUUCAUAAAUUCGUUCCUGUUCAUGUUCAUGUGCGGUGGUUCAGUUCAGGUGUAAAUCAGUGCUGUAAAGAUUCAUUCGAUUCCCCAAUCCAAUCAAAUCCAAUAAAGCAACAGUUGGCACUCACUCACUCACUCACUCACUAUUCUAUUCUAUUCAAUCCCCUCCCCUCCCCUCAGAUAAACAAUUUCAUGCCUGCCUUUGUGAGUGAGUGAUGAUGGCAUUGCUGCUUGCUUGCUAGAUUGGAUUCUUCCUGCCCUGCCCGGGUGCAGGUAGUAAGCAUCACCAGUUCACAACAAAAACGCUGUCUGUAUGUAUGUGUACGGCUGGCUGGCUGGCUGACUGAACCCCCAAGGACUGGACAGGACCGGACCAUUCAAUUAUUGUUGUUAUUUAGCGCAGCACAGCACGGGUCUUUGUUUUUUACUUUUCCAUACAUUCUUCCUCUUCCUCUUCCUCUUCCUCUUCUUCCUCUGCAACCGCAACACACAUUCCACUCACUCACUCUCUCAUUAUCAAUACUGCCCCCAAAAACACAAGACUCUGGUCGUGCAUUGACAGAGACACAGAGAUAAGCAAGCCCGCCUCGACUCCAUUCCAUUCCGGGCUCGCUCUUCUUCUUUUCCCCUGUGGUUUGUUGUUGGAAGAAGAAGAAGAUUGGAGGUGAUAGAGAUGGGGAUGGCGACGCUGCUGCUGCUGCUGCUCGUUGGUACUUUGAGCUUCGUCAGUGCGUACACGGAUCCAACUGAUGCUGCCACUCUCAAUCUAUUGUAUACAAGUUUGAAUUCUCCCCUACGACAACUUACCAAUUGGAAGCCGAGUGGCGGUGAUCCUUGCACAGAAGCCUGGAGGGGAGUUGCCUGCUCCGGCUCCAGAGUCACCCAAAUCGAUUUAUCAGGACUUGGGCUUACUGGUAACAUGGGAUUCCAGCUAGAUAAAUUGACUGCUGUUACUGCAUUUGACAUAAGCAACAACAAUCUUAUAAACCAGAUUCCUUAUCAACUUCCUCCUAAUGCUCAGAUACUAAACCUUGCUGGUAAUGGCUUCAGUGCUGAUCUACCCUUUUCCUUGUCGUCCAUGACUUCUCUAAAAUAUCUUAAUGUGAGUCACAAUCAAAUCCAGGACCAAGUGAAUGUUCAGUUCAACUCACUCACCGCUCUCUCCACAUUGGAUCUGUCUUAUAAUGCCAUGGCGGGUGAUAUACCUCAGAGCUUCCAGUCUAUGACAAGUUUACAUGAUUUGUAUUUGCAAAAUAAUCAGUUUACUGGAACCCUUGAUGUCCUUGCUGAUCUUCCACUAAAGAAUUUGAAUGUUGAAAACAACCGUUUUACCGGAUCAAUACCUGAGCUCUUGAAAGGCAUAAACCUGCAUGCAAAAGGUAAUUCAUUCAACACUGGGCUUGCACCUCCUCAUCAACCAGGAACUCCACCAGUCAGGGUGCCUAACAGCAGUCGCAGAUCCACAGGCAAUCAAGAUAGUGAAAAUGGAGGAAGUAAAUCUGGUCUAGGCGCAGGUGCUAUUGCUGGAAUAAUUAUCUCUCUUUUGGUUGUUGGAGCUGUAGCAGUAUUCUUCAUCAUUAAGUGGCAAUUCAGAAAGUCGUCCACAGACACUGAGAAGCUCUACAACCAUCCUUUUGUAAAUCGAGCUUCCAAAGAAAGACAAGAGAUUGAUCCUGUACAAACACCAUCCAGAACUGGAGCAAAUGCCCAUGAAAAUCCUGUUGUUAUAAAUCUGAAGCCUCCUUCCCUGGCUCAGAGUAGACCAUUUGAUGACGAAGAUGGUGCAUUUGCAAUGCCUGUUGUUUCAUCCAACAAAGUCAAUAAAGCGCCAAUUGAUGUAAUGCAUUUUUCAGUAGCAGACUUACAGAUAGCUACGGAUAAUUUCAAUGCUGAAAAUCUGAUUGGCGAAGGAUCUAUUGGCCGUGUUUACAGAGCCCGGCUGAAUGAUGGAAAGAUUCUUGCCGUGAAGAAAGUUAAUUCAUCUGUUGUGGCCAAUUCUGAAGAUUUCUUGGAGAUUGUGUCAGAGAUUUCGAGGUUGAAACAUCCAAAUGUAACUGAGCUCGUUGGAUAUUAUUGUGGGCAUGGACAACACCUGCUCCUCUAUGAGUUCCAUGAGAAUGGAUCUCUUUAUGAACAUCUGCAUCUUCGUGAUGAAUUUAGCAAGACUAUAAUAUGGAGCAAACGUGUUAAGAUUGCAUUAGGAACUGCAAGAGCGCUAGAGUACCUACAUGAAGUGUGUGCACCUGCAGUGGUGCAUAACAAUAUAACAACAGCAAACAUUUUGCUUGAUAUGGAUCUGAAUCCCCAUCUUACAGAUUGUGGGUUGGCAAGAUUUGUCCUUGAAUCUGAUCAGGCACGGGGCUACAGUGCACCUAAAGUCAGCAUGUCUGGCCGACGUACAGUUAAGAGUGAUGUAUACAGCUUUGGAGUUGUGUUGCUAGAACUUCUUACAGGACGCAAACAAUUCGAUGGGUCAAGGCCAAGGUCUGAGCAAUCUUUAGUUCAAUGGGCAACACCCCAACUCCAUGACAUUGAUGCUCUCUCAAAGAUGGCCGAUCCUGAUCUGAGUGGGCUCUAUCCAAUCAAAUCUCUAUCGAGUUUUGCAGAAGCAAUAGCCUUGUGUGUCCAGCGGGAGCCGGAGUUUAGGCCUCCAAUGUCAGAAGUGGUCCAAGCCUUGGGCGGGUUGGUGCAAGGAGCAAAGAUGAGCAAGAGAACGCACGGGAGGCAGAGUGAGAGUGAGAGUGAGCAGGGUGGUGCAUCCCGAGCUGCUGCUAUAGUAGGGGUAGUAGAUGGAGGAGUGUGCUAAACUUGCUUGCUAGAUUGUGUGCUCAUCAAGAGCCUUCUUGCCUUUAGAUAGAUGAUAGAUUAUCGAUCCAGAGACACUGUCUGCCUGCCAUCAACAAGAAUACUGAAAUUUUGAAAUUGUGAUACUCCCUCCAGGCAGGGCAGUGGCCAUCAGAUAUAUAGAUGGAUAUAUAAAUCAUGAUGUUGGAAGGCUUUCACAA